UGCCGGACGUUUCAUUUGAUGCUGUGUUACACAAUUUACUUGAAGAAUACAUGCACAAAAAGUAACGUGCCGAGGGAUUACAAUUACCAAUAUAAAAUUAUUUUGAAGUGGAAACUUUCCUUUAUUUGUUACUGCUUUCAACGAUCACACUCGAGCGAUAUUAUUUUGCGCACUGUUACGUAGUACAUAUUUAGUUUUCUCAUCAGAAAGCGACAAUGUUUCAAUUACUGGUUUUACGCGGAGUAGAAAAAAAAGAGGACGAAUAGUUGUGUGUUGCCCUCCGAAGGAAACUGUUUUACAUAAAGGAAGCAAUGUGUGAUUUGCGAAAUCUGUUCCUAACGCGAAAAUAGCAUUAAAUUUCCUAGACACGAAGGUUAUUACAGUCUUUCUGUAAAUGAAAAAUUCUUACGCAGAAUUGUCGAUGAAAUGGUGUCUAUAACAACUCUCUCAUCAUGGGAUACUGAACUCAGUGCAGACUCUGUCGAGUGGUGUCCACUGCCUCCAUGCCAGGAUUAUUUUGUAUGUGGAACCUACCAGCUAGAAGUAACACAAAAUACAGGAACAGAGACAAAUCCUGAAAGUAACCCAGAACAAAAAAAAUACGGCCGUUUAUAUUUGCUGAGAUUUAACUCUGAAAAUAAAAUUGAAGUUUUAGAAGUCCUUGCAAUGCCUGCUGUACUAGAUAGCAAGUGGUGUCAUAAGAAAAUACAAGGGAAGAUUUUACUGUGUGUUGCAAAUGAAGCUGGCUAUGUGGUUUUAUAUGAACUGAAAAAUGUGAAACUCGGUGAUGGAUUGCCCGAAUGUAAACCAGAGAGUGACGGGCAUGGGCUUUAUAAGCUUACAGAACUCAGCAUCUGUACACCUGACACAAAAGGUGUUUUGGCACUUUCACUCGAUUGGUCUACUGGUCGAAGUACUGAUAAUCCUCACGUUUGUGUUAGCGAUUCCAGAGGAAUUAUCACUCUCGCACAACUUAAAGAUGACACACUCGAAGUUGUACAACAGUGGAAAGCACAUAAUGCUGAAGCUUGGAUAACAGCAUUUGAUUACUGGAAUAGUAAUGUGAUUUACACAGGUGGAGAUGACUGCAAGUUUCACACCUUUGAUUUGAGAUGUGGCGUUAGUCAACCAACAGUAACAAAUAAGAGUCACGAAACAGGUGUGACGAGCCUACACUGCAAUGCAAUGCAUCCCAACACAUUGGCGUCAGGAAGCUACGACGAGACACUGAGGCUGUGGGACACCCGUAACACACGGCAACCUAUCUCGUCACUUCCACUGGGUGGUGGAAUCUGGCGUGUCAAAUGGGAUCCCUAUACAGGGGAGCACAUCGUUGCUGCUUGUAUCUAUGGCGGUUUCCGGGUAGUUCAGUCUAAACGAGGCUGCCUGCAACUGCUCGGCGAGUACGAGGGGGAGCACACUAGCAUUGCCUAUGGAGCUGACUGGUGCCAUGCACCAUCUCCAAAGCAGGAUGACUCAUUCCUCAUCAGCACAUGUUCCUUCUAUGACCACAUGUUGUGUGUUUCUGCUGUCAGAUUGUACAAAGAUGACUGUGUAAACUAAAACUGCUGAUAGCUGUAGCUGAGUGAAAUGAGAGAUACACUUUACUGUACAAUGAAAGAAAAAUACAUAUAACAAUAAAUAAAUAAUUUAGCAUGUAAUGAAAUGAUGAUUAAU